GGAUUUUCGGAGCACUGGGGUGGAGUGGUUUUGGCGCGGCGGGGUUUCCGGCCGAGGCGGUUCCGUGGGCUCUGUUCCGCUGAAGUCUCCCAGGCUGUCAAGCCCUCGUGGGCGGUGGACCUGCUCGGUGUCCAGGCCUGAGACCUCGCGGCCACCCCUCGAUAAUGGCCAAGAACAAAUUAAAAGGGCAAAAGCCCAGAAAUGUAUUUCACAUAGCCAGCCAAAAACCUUUCAAGGUUAAAAACAAGGCAAAACCAGUUACCACUAAUCUUAAGAAGAUAAACAUUAUGAAUGAUGAAAAAGUCAACAGAAUGAACAGAGCUUUUGUAAAUAUACAGAAAGAACUUGCAAACUUUUCAAAAAGCCUUUCUCUUGCUUCUGUGCAGAAAGAACUGAAGCACCGUGAGAGUGAACCAGCUAAUGUUGACGAAGCAACACGACUAAUGGCUCAGUUGUAAUAUAGUGACGAUGUAUCACGUUCCCCAAAGAUCAAUAAAUUGAGUGCUUCAUACAGC